AUGCCACGCCCGAUGAUUCGAGCGAUGGGGCUAGUCAAAAAAGCAGCGGCAAUAACCAAUGCCAGCUUAAACCAAAUUCCGCAUGAUCUGUCACAGUAUAUUGUCGAUGCUGCUGAUGAAGUAAUUUCAGGCAAAUGGGAUUCACAAUUUCCUUUGGUGGUUUGGCAAACAGGUUCAGGUACGCAAAGUAAUAUGAACUGUAAUGAAGUCAUUGCCAAUAUCGCCAAUCAAAAACUAGGCAAUCCAUUAGGUUCACAAAAGCCUGUGCAUCCGAAUGAUCAUGUCAAUCGUGCGCAAUCUACGAAUGAUUCAUUUCCAACAGCGAUUCAUGUGGCUGCUGCGGUACAAAUCAAUGAGUUGCUUAUUCCAGCAGUAAAACGUUUACGAGACACUUUACAUCGAAAAUCUGAAGCGUUUGACGAUAUUGUUAAGAUUGGCCGUACUCAUUUACAGGAUGCAACACCACUUACAUUAGGACAGGAAUUCAGUGGCUAUGUUUCACAGCUGGAUCAUGGACUAAAACGUUUACAACAGGCUUUGGUGUGGCUCUAUGAGUUACCACUUGGUGGUACAGCUGUUGGUACAGGUUUAAAUGCGCAUCCUGAAUAUGCAGACAAAGCAGCGGAAGAAUUAGCCAAACUGACGGCACUGAAUCCUGUGAUUGGUUAUGAAAAUGCCGCUAAAGUUGCCAAAACGGCUUAUAAAGAAGAUAAGACUUUAAAAGAAGUCGCGAUAGAACUUGGCUUUGUCACGGCUGAACAGUUUGAUGAAGUGGUACAACCUGAAAAAAUGGUACGUCCAAACGCGAAAUAA